AUGUCGGACUCUGACCGCCAGCUGCGCGUGUUCUCGCUCAACUGCUGGGGGCUCAAGUUCGUGAGCAAGGAUAGGAGGGAGCGCGUCGAUGCGAUUGCUGCAGCGCUCGCGAAUGCCGAGUACGACGUCAUAUGCCUGCAAGAGAUCUGGGUGUUCUCCGACUAUGAGCGCGUACGGGAUGCCGCAGCGGCUCGUCUGCCACAUUCCAAGUUCUACUAUAGUGGCGCACUCGGAGCGGGCCUUGCGAUCCUCUCGAGGUACCCGAUCGUUGCAACUGCAGUGCACCCAUACUCGUUGAACGGCGCGCCGAUCGAUGUGGGGGCGGGUGACUGGUUCGUAGGCAAGGCGGCUGCAAGCGCAACACUGCUUCACCCUCGCCUUGGACUUGUUCAGGUCUUCAACACACAUCUGUUCGCCAAGGGUGGUGAGGAUGGUCCAGAGUACAACCGUGCACAUCGCCUUGUCAAUGCUUGGGAGAUUGCCAAACUCGCCCGCCAGUCUGCCGAACUCGGCCGCUAUGUCAUCGCCGCCGGCGACUUCAACAGCAUCCCCACCACCCUUCCCAUGGAGGUCAUCCGCGAUCACGCCGCUCUCACCGACGCCUGGGCCAUCACACAUGCCAACCCCGGCGCCGGCGCCGCCUCCCCCCUCGAGGCCCUCUCCCGCUUCGGAGUCACCGCCGACUCGCCCCUCAACACCUACUCCGCCGGCAAGCCCCUCGACUCGCACGCCCGCGCGCACUGGGGGAAGCGCCUGGACUACGUGCUCUACCGCCAGCCCGUGCGCGCGGGGCCGCACCCGCGGCUGAAGGCAACGCAGUGCCGGGUGGUGCUGACGGAUCUCGUGCCCGGGCGGGCGUUCUCGUAUUCGGACCACUUUGGGGUGGAGACGACGUUCGAGAUUGGCGACCCAGAGGAGCUUCCUGCGCCUUUGCCGACCGAGUUGUCGGAGCAAGCCGUCACCGGAGUUCUGCAAGCUCUCGCUGCUUGCUACCGCUUUGCUAAGGCGCGCGCACGGCAAGAGCUGAUGGUCUUUGCCUUAUGUCUGCUUCUGUUGGUCGCACUCGCCAUCGGCUCAUCCUGGUUGCCACAUUCCUGGAUCAACCCCAUCUUCAUUAUAUUCACCGUCUUCCUCUCUUGGACGGGCACGACUAUGCUCUACGAAGGCUUCCUAUAUGGUCAAUGGGAGUGCAAUGCAUUGAUGAACGUCAUCGAGGAGCUGGAGAUCUACAAGAAGGGACUCGAACUGCAGAGGGCGCAUGCUGUGACCCAGGCAUCGACCGCAGCGUAG